AUGAAUAUAUCCUCCUCUGAGAAACGAUUGAAUUUUAUCAAUGAAUCGGAUCAAUGCUUUUGGGAAAGCAAAUUGUAUUCUAGAUCGUGUUUUAAGAAUAUAAAGAAUAGGUCGUUCCGUUACUACGACGAUACUAGCUUUUUGAAAUACUUCUUUUUCCACUGGCUCAAUAAAUGGACGAAACAAUUGUCUUUUGAAUUUGUUGAACCAUACAAGUUACACCCUUUGCCGAUAUCAGAUCAAGUAUUGAAAUGGUAUCCAGUAUUUUCUAAGCACAUUAGUGAUGGUUUAGCUAGGUUGGAGUCAUAUGAGUGUAACAGGUUUCAAUCCAAAGAUACCAAGGUUAAGAAACCAUACAAAUCAAUUUUACUGAGAGCAUUGGUUCUAACGGUUUGGAAAAGGACUUUGUUUCUGAUCCUUGGUUUGAUAGUGGUUAACGUUUUGUGUAUGAGUACGGCUGUUUUAGUUAAAAAGGCUCUUACGGUCUUAAAUGAUAAAUCUCUGAGUUUUAUAAAGACAAUUUUUUUAUUAUUAACCAUAAUCGUUUUUCAAAUAGCAGAUGGACUGUUGCUUGAAACUCUUAACUUUCACAUGGGAAGGCUGAAUACUAUGGUUCAUUGUUUAAUUUCAGUAGUUAUCUUUCAACAUGCCAUGCCUAAUAGGAGAAGGUUUUUUAAUAAUGUUAAUGGUUCUAACACGUUGAAUGUGUGCAACAAGGUUCUUCACAGUUGCUCACCGGAUUCUGAGUGUUCUAAAAAUCCAUUAUUUUGCCCAGCUCUACGCCAUCAAAGCAGAGAAUUAAUCGCACAAAUAUAUAGUUUUGAAUCGAUGGACUAUCAUUUCGUCGCGAUGACAUUUCAGUCAAUAAGGUUUUUCAUCGAUUUUUUAACCAACUUUAUAUACGGGAUCAUCUUGACGUCAGUUCAGAUUAAAGAUAACCUAUCGUUUUUGUACGUGAUAGGAGCUUUAUUCAUAAUUAUUAUGGUUGUUAUUGAAGCCGUAACCUCCUAUAAUUUUGAAUGGAUGCUAUUUCUCAGGGACGCUAGAAUAAGCAAGUGCAACCAUAUUUUAUUUUCAUUAUCACGAAUCAAGAAAAUGUUAUAUGACGACAUCGCAAUUAAUAUUAUUACUAGGACCAGAAAUAAAGAAGUUUCACUUUUUGUUAUGUAUACAUUUUUUACACUUUUCAACAUGAGCCUUUACACCAGUUGUAUCAACUUGUCAUUUUAUUUCAUAAAGAGGUCUUUUGUCAAAACCAUCAAUAAAGCUAGAGUCAUUACUGACAUAGACACAGCGGGAUUUGUUGCAACAUUAUACAUAUACAUGAGGAUUAUAUCUUCUUUGAUUUUGAUACCUAAUUCAAUCAAAUUAUUUGGAAUGGGAUAUAUAUCUCUCGGAAGACUUGAAAAAUUUAUCAAAGACUGUUCUCCUAAUUUCUAUAUUAGUGAAAAUCAAUAUACUGAUUCCACAAAAACCACAACAGAUAUAAUUGAGGUAACAAAUCAACUCCCUAAUGACGUUAUUGUAUAUUAUAAGGAUGCCACAUUCACAUGGGUCAACACACGCAACGACCUAUUAAACAAAAAUUAUGACACAUAUUUAAAAAAUAUAAACUUUGAACUCAAACGUGGUGAUAUUGCCAUAAUUACUGGUGCUCAGGGUUCCGGCAAAUCUAACUUCAUAAAGUCAAUGCUUGGUGAGAUGACCCUGGUUGGGGGCUCUAUGGCCGUUGUGCCAUUACACACAUCAAUGCCCAUAUUCUAUGCAUCACAAGAUAUAUUCCUACAACAGGGUACUAUUAGAUCCAACAUCACAUUUGGUUACAAAUUUGACGAGCAGUUGUACAACACUGUGCUGAAGGCUGUGGAACUUGAAUUUGAUAUAUCAACCUGGGAUAAGGGUGACCUCAGAGUAGUAUCAGAUAAUGCCCAUUCACUGAGUGGUGGUCAACGUGUAAGAAUGGAGUUGGCUCGUGCAAUAUAUGCUUAUUUGGUGUUUCAUCAAGUAAACACUGAGUAUAACGACGGCAAGUGUUCUUUCUUGAUGUGUUUGGAUGCCUCGUUCCACGGUCUAGAUCCAUACGUAUCCAAAACUAUAUUCAAUAACCUGUUUAACCUUAAAACAGGGCUAUUGGUAAUGAAUGACCUUUCUAUUGUUUUAACAACAUCAAAACAAACUCUUGACAUGUGCACUAAUCCAAAUGAAUUAAGUCAACUCGCCAAUCCCCCAAUUUAUAACAUAAAUAAUCGGAGGUUUCAAUUCUAUUCCAAUCUUCAUGACUUUGUGAAAAACAAGAAAGUGAAUAAUAAAGAUUACAUGUACUUGUCGGCUAGCAGGAGUGGAUACUGUCGUAUGAAUUAUUUAACGAAUGAUAUGCUGAGAUUAUGUUCCUCUGAUGCCACUACGAGGCUAGGUAGAAUGGAAGUGACCAAGGAAAAAUAUAGCAAGUCUUUUAAGUCAUAUGCUAGAAAUGAAUUGGCAGGUACUAAAUUUAAUCCAUAUCUAGUUUAUAUUAAGCCAGCACCUAUAUCAUUUUUCCUUUACUUAUUUCUAAGUGUCUUUUUCAAUGUUUUGGAUAAUGUAAAACUUGUUUUGUCAACCAGAUUAUCAGACGACAUAACAAACAAUAUUAACCAAUAUAAGGAUGGCCAAUUUGUUGAUUUGUCUGAAAUUAAAGCAAGGUCCAAUUUCACAUUUAACACUGUUAUCCUUUUCAUUAUAAUUAUAAUCAUAUCGUCUGUUUUGGCAACAAUAGCUAUGACAAGGGCUUCCUUAAUAUCUUCACGUAAAAUUCACGAAUACUCUAUAAACUCAAUUUUUAACAAUAGUUCCUCAGUGAUCAAAAUUAAAAAAGACGUAAGUCAAAUGCUCACGUACUUCUUUAUGGAUAUUACUUUCAUUGACUACUUAGUGGCAAUGCAAUUCUCACUUUUUUUGUUCCCCUUCAUUCAAAGUUUGAUCAAUAUACUUACACUGUUUUACCUUAUCCCGAUCUCUAUCCCUUUUGUCACUGUGAGCAUAGGGUUCGUUUAUAAUUAUGUUCUCAAGAGAUAUGUGAAUUCCAACAAAAGUAUUUUUUUUUGCUAUUUGGAGAGCUGUGUACAGGUAAAUUCUGUGGUGGAAAGGUCUAUCGCAGGAUCUCAUAUUUAUAGGAGUUUUAAAAGGCAUUUUGAACUUAUAAACACUGGCAUCGAACACAGGGACUACAGGGCUCGAUCCAGGUUUAUGACGUCUUCAAUUGUUUCCUGGUCUGCUACUUUGUUCAAUUGGAUGUUUUCCUUUACCACACUACUGAUAUUUUCCUUAAUAACCUUGUUGGAUAGGUUCACUGGAUUUAAUUUUAAUGUUGGUUAUUUCGGUUUGGGGUUAUCCUUGUGUAUGAACGUCGUAAAAUCUUUUGACAAACUGACACUGACUUUAGGACAGUUUGAUAUGACAAUGUGUUCAGUUGAAAGGUUUAGACUUUUCAUACCGCCUGGCGAGAAAGUUAAAUUCGGGAAAUUUAUUAAUACCCAUGAGGAGAUACUAACCAAUCCAAUCAGUGGCCCUAAGUUUGAUAGGAAGCAAUUGCUUAAGAGGAGAGUCGUCGAGUUUAAGACUGAGAAUAAAAAAUUCUAUGCUUUGAGACGACUGUUCUACCAUCCUAAAAUACACAUCAUGGAUGUUCACCAGUAUCUGACUCCCUAUCACUCAGGCGUUGAGUUAAAAAAUGUGUGUGUAUACACAACACCCGGCCUUAACCCAGAAAGUAUGAUUUUGAAACAUGUUUCGGUAUCAGCCCAUAAAUCUGAAAUCAUUGGUAUGGUAGGUAGAACAGGAGCCGGUAAAACGACGCUGUUGUCAGUGUUACAGAACAUAGCAGAGAACAGAACGGGUCAAGUAUUAUUGGACGGCAAGGAUCUAAAUUAUAUCCCCAAAGUUGUUCUUCGACAAAUUAUUGGUGUUGUUCCACAGCUGCCAUUCGUAUUCAAGGGAUGGACCAUUAGGAUGUUCCUCGAUCCCAGAAAGCUGUUUAGUGAUGCCGAUAUCAAUGAUGCAUUGGACAAGUGUGCCCUGCUUAACUUCGUCAAUUGGCUUCCUGGAGGAAAGAAAUUAGAUACUGUUUUAGUGCAAGAGGACGUUAGUUCAUGUUACCAACAAUAUAAGAAUAAAGCUUAUGAAAAUAGAAAGAGUGGUAAAAUAAGUAAGACAGGCUUUGAAACUGACAUGUUACUAUCCAAUAGUCAACUCAGGACACUAUGGCUUGCCAGACUAGUUUUAUAUAGACAUUUUUAUAGGAUGAUAGUUGUUGAUGAGCCUCCUGAGGAAGACCUAUUAGUUGAAACCAGUGUCAAAAAUGAUAUAGGCGUUCCUAUUUAUGACCUUUUACAGACUUAUUUUCAACACUGUACUACAUUUUUAACUGCCCAUGAUACAAGUGUGUUGAGAAAAUGUACUUCAAUAUGGGCGUUACAUGACGGCCGUUUAGUACGUACUUGUAAAACUUUUGAUAUCCCAGCAAAUGAGUCUAUCGCAAAAAUUAUAGAAGAAUGUGUUAAACUAAAUUAA